AUGCAUCCGUCUUGCGAGGCAUCCCAAGCUAUUUUAGUGCCCGAUGCGUCUAUUUCUCUUCCCCUUUCCUCCGCUGUUAAAAGUGCACCUUACAAUGCAUCCGCUGCCUUGUCAGUUGAAUUCUCUGUGACUGCUGACAAGGAGGCACUGCCUAAUGUAAUCGCCUACUGUACGUUCUUGGGAAGAGUCUACGACGCGGGGUCUCUCUCAUCCUGGUCACUCAACGAUGUAAAGGGAUCCUCGAGGGGCUGCCCCGCCUCGACUCCCCUCUGCGGGCGGCGUGCUGCGGAGGCCGACAAUCAAACGAUCCCCGACAAGGACCAGCAGCUGGUUUCUGCGGAUACCGAGCUGCCUCUUGCACCCUUCAUUCUGCCCGCCACAUCGGUUGAGCAAUUCGUGAGGGAUUGUCUAUCCUUUACCGUAGUGCGCACAGCGGAUUCUGAGGGUGCCCGCAGUAAGGAAGCACUCGCCAAGGCCCCCGGCACCCGGAGCGAGGGAAAGGAAAAGGGGGGAAGGUCGAUGGUAGGCCUCCGGUCCGCAAUUCCACACGGAGAGACCCGUAUGGUGGAGAUGCCAGUGGCGGAGUUGCUGCUGCUUAACGAAGGAGAAUGUGUGCACCUCCCAGAAGGGAUGCACGACAUUCUCUCGAGCCUUAAAGGGAUUGCCUCUUUCCGCAUUAGGGUGAGGGCGCGCAACUCCUUGCUCUCUCGAGAACUGCGUCACCUUUUGAAUCCGGUGUGGCUUCACAUAAAGGGCGUUCGUGCCCUUCCGCCCAUCGGCCCACCCGUCUCCCAGAUCCAAUGCACGCAUAGAACGUCUGGGGAAACCAAGGCUGCCACCCCAGCACCGCUCAAAAAAAGAGCGUUGGGGGCCGCAGCGAGAUCGGCAGCAGCUGAUUCCAACCUGCCUGCACCCCCUGCGCUCGCAGAAGAGUCAAAGUGCCUUUUUGAGGAGCCCUUCGAGCGACGCACCUCAGUGACGGAGGGCCAGUCGAAGGCAGGGGCCGCCAGUGAAGGAGGGGGGCCCCUGAGAUAUUUUGCACGGGCCCGAUGUUUCAGUAGAAACUUGGAAACUGAGCCUACAGCCCCGACGGGCCCUCCGGACGCUCUGCAUGUCCGGUGGAACCGUGGCUUUCUCUGUUUCUGGGGUCCUGCGGCCUUAAGCCAAAAAGAGCUCAGGGAUUUUCUCGAGGAGCAGCGCCUGGAGGUCAGGCUGUGCUGCUCGGAAGAGAACGCUGGACUCACGAACACCACAGAAUCCCAGUUCGGAGAGAAAGCAGCCUCAGGCAAGACGCAGGGGAAGCAGCCCCACAGACCGGGAACUGCAGCCGAGCCAUCCGCUUCAGCGAAGAUGGCGACUGUGAAGCAUGUGCGUGACGGGGGAAACAGUGCAGCUACUGCAGUCUUAUUAGAUGCCCCCGCACAGUCCCUAGCCUCGAGCACCCCCAGCGAUAACAACGGCAACACGAUGCUUCCUGAGUGCCCAACUUCCCCUCGUAGCCUUCCGUACGGCCGUGCCGCUUUUUGCCUGAGCGCCUUAGCCGCGUGUGGUGCCACGCGUCUCUCCCUCUCCGCCAGAGUUCUGCCAGUGCUGGCCGACUGCACGCUUGGCGGAAGUAAAAGCGGUGACAGCCCCUUAGCAGGCCUCAGAGCAAGCGCACUUGACUUUGUCACAUACGAAACCAGAAUGACCCUUCGCCUCAGACUUGCUGAGCCCCUCUUUCAAUUCGUGCCGUUCAUCCUCUCCCCAAGAGCGAUUCAAGAUGCUUCGAGGACUCAGGCAAGACCGUUACAGUGGAGAGGGAGUUUACGAGCUAGGCGUCUGUUGAGGAUGCACCAAACUGUCCCUACGGCUCACAGCUAA